AUGAUUAUAUUAACUUUAUUAUUAGGCAUAUAUGCUCAAAACAAUAUAAAUGAAUUAUUGAAAGAAUGGGAAAUUCAGAUUGAAUAGUCAUAAAUAGAAAGUUAAUAGACAUUCAAUGAAAUCGUAUAGUAUUUUAAAGAUGAAAUACCUAAAUAAUAUCAAUCUAGAUUUUAUAGGAUGUAUGGGUAAUAUAUAUUUUACGGCUUGGAAAAUGAAAAUAGAAUAGAUUUUGCAAGAGUAUGGUAUCAUAUUAUAAUUAGGCUCUUUUUUAUUUUAAGAAAUCAUCUGAUCUAGGUGAUAUAAAUUCUUAAUUUUACGUGUCUUUAUUAACAUAUUUAAAUUUAGAUGGGUCAUACAACAUUUAUAAAAAUCUUAAAAAAGAAUCAUAAUUGUAUAGAUAUGUUAAAGAAAAGUAUUAAAGUGUAUCUUUAAUCGAUCUUUACUUUUCUGCUAUUUAAGGCUUAGAUAAAAGUAGUAUAGCAAUGGGUUAUAGACAUUUAAAAGGAAUAGGAGUAAAUUAGAAUUGUUCUAAUUCUGCAUUAUUUUAUUUGCCAGUUUUAGAAGAAUUUGCUAAUUAACCAAUUAAAGCAAAAUAUAUAAAUGAUAAUAGAUAAGUAGCUAAAGCUUUAUAUGACAGUAAUUUUUAUAUGAAUCAUGAAUUGGAUAUUUUUGGACAUGCUUAAAUAUUUGAGAAUUUAAAUUUAAUCACAUAUGAUUCAGCUACUGAGGUUAAACAAUUAGCAUAUAGUUUUUAUUAUGGAUUAAAUGGAUUAAGAAGGAAUUAUGAAAAGGCAUAUCAAUUAUAUUAUAAAUUAUAUGAUUAAUUAAAUGAUAAAGAAUCUGGAAUUAAAGUAGCAUAGAUGAAUAUUGAAAACCUUGGAGUUGGAUAACCAAAUUAUGAAUUAGCAUUGGAGAUUUUGAAUAAAAUUGAAACAAAAAAAUAAGAAUUUUAGGGAAAGAUUUAUAAUGCUUUAGGUUACAUUUAUUUUAAAGGAUUGGGAGUUUCAUAAGACAUAGUAAAAGCAUAAGAUUAUUUUAGAAGUAAAUUGUAAUAAAAUAUAAUAUAUAGAAGCAGCAGAUUUAUAAAAUAAUGACGGAUAAUUUAAUUUAGGUUCUUUAUAUAUGUUACCUUCGACAAUUUAAAGAGAACGUAAUUAAGCAAAAGGAGUAUAAUUAAUAGAAUAAGCUGCUGCCACUGGACAUGCUAUGGCUCAAUAUAGUUUAGCAUUAAUUUUAUUAGAUGGAGUAGAUUUAUUUUAUUCUUGUGAUUUAGCUGCCUCUUUAUUACAUGCUUCAUCAUCACGAGGUCCUUGGGCUGAUACAUUAAAAAUAGCUAAUUAUUUAUUUUAAUAAGAAUAGUAUGCUUAAUCAUUGUCUAAAUAUUUUGAGGCUGGAUACACUGGAUUUAAUGUUGCCAUAUGUAUAUAUUUAUAAUUUAAUCAUUUAUUAGAAAAUGCUGCUGUUAUAAUGGAAUAAAAUGAUGCCUUUUAUUAUGAUUCUCUACACUUUAGUGAUGUAUAAAAUAGACUCAAUAAUGAUCCCGUUUUUCAAAUUAAUGGAGUUUAUGAUCAUGAUCCUUUUGGUUAUUUGUACUCAGAUUAUUUAUAAUUUGUUAAUAAAUCCACUUUAUAUGAUCUAUUACAAUUAGAUAGUUUUGGAUUAAAUGGUGUAUUGUAAUAUCGAUUCCUUACAUAAUGUGCUAAGGAGAAAGAAGCUAUUUGUCAUAUGAAAUUAGGGGAUUAUUAUUAUAAUGGAAAAUAUGAUGAUGUGGAUUUUAAAUAAUCUUUUUUACAUUAUAAGAAAGCUUUGGAAGGCUAAUUAAUUGAUGCUAUGAAAGCACAUGUUUAUUUUAAUAUAGGUCUUAUGUAUGCAUUAGGUUAGGGUGUUAAUAUUAAUAGAACAAAAUCAAUUGAAAUUUUUGAGUUAUCUAUUAACAGUUAUUCAUUAAUUCCGAUAUUACCAACAAGUGCUUAAGUAUAAGUCAUUGAUUUCUUGGUUAAUUUGUAUAAACAAAUAGAUUAAACAGGAAUUGAACAAUUUUUAGAUAUUAAUUAUGUAGAAUUAAUAUUAAGUUUGAUUGAUACUGUAGAAGAAUGUUUAAUAAGAAAUUCAUAAACAAUAGUAAAUGUAUCAGUUGCAUCCUUAAUAGUGUUUCUUUUCGGAUGGCGUUUGAAAUUAAUUAAUUAAUAAAAUUGA